AUGCUUGUAGUAGAUAAUAUUUGCGUUUUCGCAUUAAUUUAUAUCAUUUACUUUAUGAUAUGCUUAACAAUAAUUUAUUAAUUUUCUUCUUUUGCUAUUGAUUUUACUUUAAGCAUAUUCUAUGCAUUUUACUAUAUUAUCAUAUAAGGAGGCUGCUACUCAUAUACUCUCAUCUUCAAUAACUACUUGACAUAAACAAUAUUUAUUCCUUUUUAUAAAAUUGCUCAGUUUAUUUAUGCUACUAUUAUUUCAAACUAUGUUGACUUUGUUUGCUAAUUUAUGAGAACUGCAUAAUAUGAUUAAAUCUUUAAGCUUGAAUUAAUCAUGAUAUCAACUACCACAUUAUAUAUAAUCUACAAGAUUGCAUGGAUUACUUAUGCAUAUUUCAAAAUUAUUAACAACAAAGAGAUUACUCCUUAAUUCUAUUAUAACGAAGAUUGCUGCUUUUGUUUCUGUAGCUUAAACCAACUCAAUGAUGAAAUAGAAGUUUUAAAAUGCAAGCAUGCUUUUCACACAAGCUGUAUGUCUAAAUAUAUAAUUCACUAAAACUCAUAGCAAUCUCUCUAUUUUAAGAAAUAAGACUAAACAAUAAAUUGCCCACAUUGCAGAACUCCAAUUUAUAGAAACAAUGAGAAAAAGGAAGCUUGUGACUAAUUUAUGCUAAAUAUGUAGUUUGUUGGAUAUUCUUGA